AUGAAUAGUUUAUUAUAUUAGAAAAGAGAAUGCUUCUCUCAAAAAAUAAGAAGAAAUGAAAAAGAAAAGAUUUUUAAGGAGAAAAGAAUACCAUAAAUAUCAAAAGAAAUUAUGCUAGAUUUAAUAAAUAAUAAAGAUUAAGAAUCAAUAAAUCGUCUUACAGAUGCAACUGCAGGAUCAAAAGAGCAAACAUAAGAUUUGAUAUAAAUUGGAGGAAUAUAAUUUUUUUAUGAGUUGCUAUAGUCUAAAGAAAAAACAAAUGCUCUAAUUGGUUUGGGUAAUUUGUGUAGUGAAAAAGUUGUUUAAGAAGAAGUUUUAGAAUUGAAGAUAAUUGACUAUAUGAUAGAUGAAGUUCAUAGAUACAAAAAUCUCGAAGAUUUGUCUCUUAGAUUAUGGUUUUUAAGUGUGCUAGCCAAAUUUAAUAGGGAUACUCAAAAUGGUGAAAAUAUUAUAGUUUAAAGAGAAAAGCUCUUUAAUAUCUUUUGGAUGUACUAAAAAAAAUAUCCUGAUAUACUAAAAAUUUAGCAAGAAUGUUUUCAUGGGUUCUAUGCUCUAACCAAAGUGACAUUUAUCUAAAAUGAAUUAAUGGAAUUAUGUUGCAAUAAUCUAAAUAAGGGCAUUGAUAACAUAAUCUUAAAAAUUUUGUAUUAUCUUAUUAAUGACUAUGUGAAAUUUGUGAAGAUUCUACAUGAAAGCCAAUUUAUUUAAUUUUGUGCCAAACAUCUACAAAUAUCUAGCAGAUAAAAAUACACAUUAAGAAUUUUAUAUUAUUAUGCAUAAUAUUAUGUUGAAUCAAUAAUCAAUAAUAAAGAGAUUGUCAAUCAAAUUUUAAUAAUUCAAAACUCAUAAAAGUAUUAAAAGUAAAUAUUAUUAUUACACUAUGCAAUGCUUUUUAAAAGCCCAAACUCACAAUUUAUGAGCAUAAUCAAAGAAUUUGAAAUAAUAAAUAAUUUAAAGAUUCUUUUGGAGAAUUUUUAAUAUGAAUAACAAAUUUUAUGUUUAUUAGCAUUAUUAAAAUAAACAAAUAAAGACUUAAUUAAAGAAUUAAUCCCAGAUUUAGAAAGAAUUUAUGAGAUAAAAAAAGAUAAUGAGAAAUCUCUUAGAAAACUCUAACUUAUUUUAGAUUGA